AUGGCCAACUUCUCGAGUCUUGGCGUUUUCACGCGUGCUAUCCUCGUCUUGGCCUUGGCAAGAGAAGCUUUCGCUACCCCAAGCCAAGCACCUUGGCAGAAGCAAGGCCACGGAAGGAAGAAGAAGUGGAGCCGACGCUCCACGUCUGACAGCUGCCCCAGCAGCGCGUGCUAUCUCGCGGCCCCUCCCGAGAUCAGUGCUCCCAAGGAUAAUGUCUGGGAUGGUCUCACCCAUGAGGAAGCUGCCUCAGUUGCCACUUGGCUCUUCUCCCAAUCCGACCUGAACCUCACCGUGUCCGCCGAUGCUGGCGAGUGGGACAACUCAGUCCUUUUGGUCGAGCUUUUGAAACCAAACAAGACCGAAGUCAUCAAGUACAUCGAUGGUGAUGCCUCCGCCCCUACGCGAUAUGCCCAUGUCGUCAUUGAUCACCGCGCUGCCGAGGACCCCUAUUAUCAGGAUCUCAUUGUCGGCCCGCUCCCUGUGGAUAAUACCUCCACGACUUGGGAGGCCCUCGACUAUCCUUUUACCCGCAAGACCGGAGGCCGAGUGCGUAACCUCGACGCCGAUCGGGACACCCUCUACUCGGAAUUGCUCUAUCCCAUCAGCGCUUCUAUCGCCGACAUCACCCUAGACCUCUGGAAUGGUACUGCUCUUGGACUCAACAAUGAUACCCUUUACAUGUGGGGUAUCGAUCCCCUGUGGCAGGACGAUGGCCGCAUCACUCUUUGGACUCAGUACUGGAACAGCCCUACCUCCGGCUUCGGCGACAGCACCCUGUUCCCUCUCGGUCUCUACAUGAAGUCUGACAUCACCGGCCGUGACCCCGCUCAGUGGAAGUUUGAAGGCUGGUUGUACAACGACAUCUUCUAUGAGACGACUGAAGAGUUCCGCGCCGCCUACUUCACCGAGGGCUUCGUCAAAUACGGUCCCAACGUUGACGGCGAGUGGGCCCAGACUGACAGGCAGGGCGACAUCGGCUCCCGCUACAAGGUCGACUCGGAUAGCAAGUACGUCGAGUGGAUGGACUUCAGCUUCUACGUCGGCUUCUCUCGUGAUACCGGCAUGGCUCUGUACGACGUCAAGUACAAGGGCGAGCGUGUGCUCUACGAGCUUGGCCUUCAGGAGGCUCUUGCUCACUACGCCGGAAACGACCCGGUUCAGUCUGGCACCUCCUACUUGGACUCUUUCUAUGGUUUCGGACCUUAUGCCUUUGAGCUCGUCCAGGGAUACGACUGCCCGGCGUACGCCACCUUCCUCAACACCUCCUUCUAUACCGCGGAGACCACCCACACCCACCCCAACAGCAUCUGCCUCUUCGAGUUUGAUGCGGAUUAUCCUAUCCAGCGCCACAGCACGUCCGACUACGUGGCUGUAACCAAGAAUGUCUAUUUCAGCAUUCGAUCCGUCUCCACUGUCGGCAACUACGACUACAUGUUCACCUACUCCUUCUAUUUGGAUGGAUCCAUUGGUGUUGAGGUCCGUGCCUCUGGUUACAUCCAGUCCGCGUACUUCGCCGCCAACGAAGAUUAUGGUUUCAAGAUCCAUGACUUCCUCUCCGGCUCCAUGCACGACCACGUCCUUAACUUCAAGGCUGACUUCGACAUUGCCGGUACCGAGAACAGCGUCCAGCUCAUGACCGUGGCUCCCGUGACCAAAGAGUACCCCUGGUCGGGCGGCAAGACCCGCAACACCAUGCACGUCGAGCGCAAGUUCGUUGAGAGCGAGGAUGAGUCCCGCUUCAACUGGGCUGCGAACGGAGCUACCCAGGUUCUUGUCGUGAACAAGGAGGCCAAGAACAAGCACGGCGAACUGCGCGGUUAUCGCGUUGCUCCUGCCGGAGGCACAGCUCAUCUUACUGUAAAGGAUUCUACCAACCUGGCCAACGCCGCUCGCUGGGCCGAAUACGAUAUCCAAAUCACCAAGCAGCAUGAUCACGAACUCAGCGCCGCGCAUCCUUACAACUCUCAGGAUGUUUCUGAUCCCCCGGUUGAUUUCUCCAGCUACUUCAACGGUGAGAGCCUCGACCAGACUGAUCUAGUCAUGUGGCUCAACCUCGGAAUGCAUCACGAUGGCGUCACGAGCCAUGUCGAGACCUUUGGCCAGAAGAACGACACGUGCAAGUUGAAGUACACACCGAUUGACGCCGACUUGUGGUCUUACACUGGUGAUGUCGUCGUCAGGAAGUUCCCCUUCGACCCCAACAACCCAUUCUACCAGACCGGUUCCAUUUAA